ACCAUGAGGUGGGAGGAGGGCUUCUAGUGUCUUCCAUCGCCGACACGUGGGAGCCCACUCGAGAGCUUUCCUGUCGCCAGCGAAUCACCGUUAGAUCGUCAAAGCCAUCCACGUGUUAACUUUAAAUCGGAGAUCAUAGGAAUCCAUUAGCCUUUCUUUAGUAAACUUCUUUCCAGAAAGCUUGCAUUUCAAACUCUAUUUAACCAAACCCAGAACCACCUUCUUCCAUAGCUACAACCAACCCAGGUAACAUCAGCAAUCCCCAUAUUUCUCCUCGUCUUGUCUUCUGUCUCUGCUUUCCUCUCAGGCUUUCCUCAACAAAGCCAAUCUCUCUUUGGCUUUUGUGCUUUCUUCCUUUACGAUUCCGACGACAAAGACCCUUUUAAUCACCAAUGACUCCCAGAUUUGUUAGCAACCCAGUCAUGACCGCCGCUUUUACUAAACCUGCAACUCCACCUACCAGAGCCUACGUUACGUUCUUGGCUGGGAAUGGUGAUUACAUUAAAGGUGCUGUGGGUUUAGCAAAAGGGCUUAGGAAGGUGAAGAGUGCGUACCCACUGGUUGUCGCCGUCUUGCCUGACGUCCCUGAAGAGCAUCGCCAGAUUCUUGAGUCUCAGGGCUGCAUCGUUAGAGAAAUUGAACCUGUGUAUCCCCCAGAGAAUCAAACCCAGUUCGCCAUGGCAUAUUACGUUAUCAACUACUCCAAACUCCGUAUUUGGGGAUUCGUGGAAUAUAGUAAGAUGAUAUACUUGGAUGCGGACAUUGAGGUAUUCGAUAACAUAGAUCAUCUCUUCGAUCUGACUGAUGGUUACUUCUAUGCUGUAAUGGAUUGUUUCUGUGAGAAGACAUGGAGCCAUACUCCACAGUAUAAGAUUGGCUACUGCCAGCAAUGCCCAGACAAGGUUAAGUGGCCUGCUGAGAUGUGUUCUCCUCCAGCUCUCUACUUCAACGCUGGAAUGUUCGUGUACGAACCAAGCCUCUCUACCUGCGACAAUCUCUUGAAGACCCUCCAAGUCACUCCACCCACACCUUUUGCAGAGCAGGACUACCUCAACAUGUUCUUCAAGGACAUUUACAAGCCAAUCCCUCUAGUCUACAAUCUGGUCAUGGCCAUGUUAUGGCGCCACCCAGAAAAUGUGGAGUUGGAGAAAGUGAAAGUCGUUCACUACUGCGCUGCGGGAUCGAAGCCCUGGAGAUUCACGGGUAAGGAAGAAAACAUGGACAGAGAAGAUAUAAAGAUGCUGGUGAAGAAAUGGUGGGAUAUUUACAACGAUGAGUCUUUGGAUUACAAGAAGCCUGUAGAAGAAGAGGCAGAGAAGGUUAACCGGCAGCCUUUCCUCGCUGCAUUAUCGAAGGCAGGCGCUGUUCGCUACAUAACGGCACCGUCCGCAGCUUAGGUUGCUGGUUUUGGGAGACGAACUCUAGUGUACAGAACAAAAAGAGAAACUAGUAUGUGAAUAAGGAUCAGUUUGUAAGAGCGAUGCCGGAUCACUUUUGAUGGAGAGAGACUUGAAGGGCUUUGGCUUGGUUGGGUUUUGGUUUUGGUUUUGGUUUUUUCUCCCUCGCCAUUUUUCUUUGUUAUUUUCGUAUUUCUUUUGAUUGUCUUAAUCUAGAGUCCUUCUAUAUAUAUUGUAUCUUUGUUCCUAUUUUAAUGAAACUUGAAAUAUGUAAUUUACGCA